AACCCCCCCCCCCUCUCUCCUGUAUAAAUUCGAAGGGAGGCAAAGGCCCAUCCUCAACCUCAUUUGUCCAAAGCAGUUAAUAUUUCCCUCCAUUAUUUUUCUCUCGCUCCGCUCCCCAAGAUUCUGCAUUCAAAAAACACUAAUUAAUCGGCACUCAUGGGAACUGUUAGUGAUGCUGAGAAGAAGCCUGCUGUUAUUUUUGUUUUGGGUGGCCCUGGCAGUGGAAAGGGUACCCAGUGUGCCAAUGUUGUUGAACACUUUGGUUACACUCAUCUCAGUGCUGGAGAUCUUCUUCGAGCAGAAAUUAAAUCUGGCUCUGAAAAUGGAACCAUGAUUCAGAACAUGAUUAAGGAGGGAAAGAUAGUGCCUUCAGAGGUAACAAUAAAGCUCCUCCAAAAAGCAAUGCAGGAAAGUGGAAAUGACAAAUUUCUGAUUGAUGGUUUUCCCCGCAAUGAGGAAAACCGAGCUGCGUUUGAGGCUGUUACCAAAAUUGAACCAGCAUUUGUCCUGUUCUUUAAUUGUCCUGAAGAGGAGAUGGAGAGGCGCAUUUUGAGCAGGAACCAGGGAAGAGAAGAUGAUAACAUUGAAACUAUAAGGAAGCGGUUUAAUGUUUUUCUAGAGUCCAGUCUUCCUGUGGUUGAGUACUAUGGCUCAAAGGGGAAAGUUAGGAAGGUUGAUGCGGCAAAGUCUGUUGAAGAGGUUUUUGAGGCAGUUAAAGCCAUCUUUACACCAAAAGAGGAGAAGGUAAAGCACCAUAGCUAUGCUAUCUUGUAGGCAUUUCAUUAUGAAUGGAGAGUCAAAUCUUGAUCAAAGAAUACAUUUUAGUUUCUGAAUAUACCAUUAGAAAUGUGAGCUGAAUCAAGCUUUGUUUUCUAUCGGUGCAGAAUGAGAUGCAUAUUAUUUUAUUGCCAUGACUUAUUCGACAUGCAUUUUGUGGCAUGAAUAUUAGCAGUUGAUUGUUUAUGAUAGAUUUCAGCCCAUGUAUUGAAAAUAACCUCACAUUAAAAGUCAGCCUAUAUGCUUCCUUCAAGAAGCCUUUGCAAACCUUUAGUUUCUUGAUAGGAUCUAUAGUUGCCAUCCAAUUACCUUUUAUUUCCCGGGUGCUGAAUGCAAUCAGGAUUCUUCUAAAAGGUGUGUGCAUGCGUGUGACAAAGCAUAGAACUUAGAAGGAACAUUUGUUGUGCAAGUUUGAGGCUUGCAAAGGCAUUCUUAAUGCAACAAUGCUUACUUUCAUAGCACCGUUUUGGACCCUCCAGGAAUGCUCAAGUGAGAUGAAUACUGAGUAAUGACCUUUAUGUGGCCAGAUACGAUGUGAAUGCAUGCAAUAUAUACAUCCUAGCAUAUAAAACAAGAAAUUGCGUGUGUGAUCUUGAACUUUGCCAUAGGAUAUAGGGAAGAACUUUCAUUUUCUGAUACAUAUGGCCCACCAGUAACAGAAACUUCUCUUGAACAUAACAAAAAGGUAAUUCAAUGUUCAUAGAGAUAUCAUGAACUCAGGUUUUAUGGAAAA